AUGGCGAACGCGCGACUCAAGCAGGCGCGGCGCCGCGCGUCCUCUCGCACCCCUAACGCCGCGCAACCUGUAGUCCAUCCUCCUGCACAGACGCCGGCAGCUUCCUCCCUCGCUCAGGGCGCUUCAACGCGGCAAGAUGAGCAAAUUGCCGACGCCCAGAGCGAGCAGGUGGCACUUCAAUCCGCUCUCUUGGAGCGAAAAUCCGUUCUCGAGGGUGAAAUACAGGAUCUUACGCUAGGCAAGACCAUGCACAAGGAGCCUGAACCGGGCUGUGAUCCGUCGGGCCGACAUGUAGCUCGGUAUCAUCGAGAUUAUCUCCUCCAAGAGAUGGAGUGGAUGGCUGCGGACUUCUCCCAGGAGCGAAAAUGGCGGCUACGGAACGCCAAGAUGCUCAGUCAGGCGCUAGUGUCUCAUCUAGACAGACAGGAGCAGCGACUCGCGCGACAGAAGAAAAGCGAGGAGAUCGCGAGACGGAGAACUGCCGCCAGAGUGGGCAGAGACGUCAAGAAGUUCUGGACCAAGAUCGACAAGAUCAUCGCCUUCAAGGUGAAGCUCCAGGCCGACGAACUGAGACAGAAACACAUGCAGAAACAUCUGGUGCAGCUUGUCGAGCAGACGGAGAAGUACGCGACGGCGUUGGCUGCGAGUUUCCAGGAGGCUGAGGAGGCAGAUGACGAGGAGAAAGCGAUGGAGAGUGAGGACAGUGACGCAGAUUUUGAGAUGGUGGACGAGGAAGAAGACGACGAGAUGACGAUCGAAGCUGAGGAGAGCAGAAGUGGACCCCUUUCGAAACGACAAUCAGCGGUAGAAGUGGCGACGUUGCAGGAGGAAGCAGAGAUGUCGAUUGAGGAGCUUAGAGCGCGGUAUGCUGCUGUGGAGGAGAUGGACGAGGCUGGAGACAGUAGCGAAGAUGGAGAGUUUGAGCUGACGGAAGAGGAGGACGACGACGAGACGACGAUUGCUGCUGAAGAACAAAGGAAUGGGCCGGUGUCGAGGAGACAGGCAGCGGCGGAGAUGGCUGAGCUGCAGGAGGAGAAUGAAUUGUCGAUAGAGGAGCUGCGUGCACGAUACGCUGAGGCGUUACAGGCUGAUGGUGAGACAGUAGCAGAGCAAGACGAAAUUAUGGAGGUGGAGAAUACUGACGACGUUGGAGAUAGGGAUUUCGUGCCUACAAGACGCGACGAAGAGGAGCAGGCUGAUGACGAGACGACUAUGGAAGAGGAGGAGCGAUUGGAGGGCGGUGUCUCGCCGUCGCAGAAGGCAGAAGAGUUGAGGCUGCUUGAAGAGGAGGGCGAGAUGUCAAUUGAGCAGCUUCGAGCUCGAUAUGCAGCCGCGUCGGACGAAGAGGCAGGCAGCAGCCAGGAUAACGAGUCAGAUGACGCAGUAGAUAAACAGCAGGAGCAUCCUGCAACUGACGAGACGAUGGCAGAGGAGGCUGAAACACAAACUUGUGAUACAACCUCAACGCUAGCAAGGAAGAACGGCUACAAGCGACCUUAUCUGCUGACAUCACGCCUGGAUCUGCGCGAGUACCAAGAAGCUGGCGUCAACUGGCUCGUCAGCAUGUGCGAGCGACGCAUCAAUGGCAUUCUGGCAGACGAAAUGGGUCUCGGCAAGACCAUCCAGACAAUCUCUCUGCUGGCUCAUCUCGCCUGUGCUCAAGGACUCUGGGGGCCUCACCUUAUUGUGGUCCCGACCAGUUGUCUAGUGAACUGGGAGAUGGAGUUCAAGCGAUGGUGUCCGGCUUUCAAAGUUCUGACGUAUUUCGGCUCUGCCAAGCGUCGGAAGGAGCUGCGACAAGGUUGGUCGAAGCAGAACGCGUUCCAAGUAUGCAUCACAAGCUACCAGCUGGUCGUGCAAGACGCGCAUUGCUUCAAGCGCAAGAAGUGGUAUUAUCUGAUCCUAGACGAAGCGCACAACAUCAAGAACUGGAAGAGUCUGCGGUGGCAAACGCUGCUGACGUUUAGCUCGCAACGUCGUCUCUUGCUCACUGGAACACCGCUGCAGAACAACUUGUUGGAGCUCUGGGCGCUCAUGCAUUUCCUCAUGCCGCACGUGUUCGCGUCUCGGAAGGAGUUCAGCUACUGGUUCCAGAAUCCACUGGCGCUUAUGGUGGAGAACGGGAGUGAUCCGACUCAGUCUGGGGACAAUGGCGUCGAAGGUGGCAAGGACUUGGUCACGCAGUUACACGGCAUCAUUCGUCCAUUUGUGCUACGAAGACUGAAGAAGGAUGUGGCGAAGCAGUUACCAGGCAAGUUUGAGCACGUGAUCAAUUGUCAGCUGUCCAAGCGACAGCGAUUCCUGUACGAGGAUUUCAUCUCGCGUAGCAGCACCCGACGCGCCAUGUUUGGUCGUGGCAAAGGACGUGGCGCGAAUUUUAUGAGCAUGAUGAACGUCCUGAUGCAGCUGCGGAAGGUGUGCAACCAUCCGGAUUUGUUCGAGCCACGGCCGAUCGCGUCUCCGUUGGAUAUGGCCAGUCUCCUCGUGCAUGCGCCUUCACGUUGCGGGUUUUUGGUGGACGAGAUCGUUAACGAACGUCCACGUGUAGCGCUGUGGACAGAGGUGAAUCUACCAGGGUUGGAGUUGCAGUGCAGGGACAAGCUGAGCUCGACACGACGGAGAGAACUUUUCUUCUAUGACGUGAGUGCUCCUCUUCCUGAGGAUUCUGUGGCUAUAGUGCCGUCUGCGUAUGGAGACAAGAGAGAUGUCGUACGAAGGAUCAUGAAACUUGCAGCGAAGCGACGAGAGUAUUGGGAGCAGAAGCGUGAAAGUGUUGCGCAGCUGCAAAAGAUCCACGUGGGGCUGUAUCUGGACGAGCCUGUGUUUGGAGAUGCGCUGAUCCGCGCUUGCACGAUGCCCACCUUCAUCUCAGCUGCCAUGGAGGUGCACAUGCAUCGCGCGCGACCGUUUCUUGACGCCCGUGAGCCGACACAAGCUCUGCAAGGUAUGGUGCGAGACCCCGAGGAGAGACUGGAGUCUCUGCAGUCGUUGGUCAACAAGUCUGUGUGCUACGUCCCCAAGGCCCGUGCGAGACCUGCUCGUGUGAUCUAUGGAGGCGGCGGCUUCGCGUAUGACGACAACUUCGUGUUGUCACGCAGAGCACAGCUCGAAGAGAUGGAAGAGGAGCACGCGCAUCCAGUUGCCAGUCGUGUCUUGACCCCGUACUACAACUCGUUCAAGCGCACGCAAUUGUUUUUCCCGGACAAGGCACUGGUGCAGUUCGACUGCGGCAAACUCCAGCAACUUGCGGUGCUUCUACGGACGCUAAAGCGCGGCGGCCAUCGCUGUCUCAUCUUCACGCAGAUGAGCUCGAUGCUGAAUAUUCUCGAAGCGUUUUUGAACCUGCACGGCCACACGUAUUUCCGUCUGGACGGAGCGACCAAAGUGGACAAGCGACAGAUGCUGAUGGAGCGUUUCAAUCGCGACGAGAAGAUCUUCUGCUUCAUUUUGAGUACGAGAAGCGGCGGCUUGGGCAUCAAUCUGACGGGUGCUGAUGCUGUGAUCUUCUACGACUCGGACUGGAACCCUGCGAUGGAUGCGCAGGCUCAGGACCGUGCGCAUCGUAUCGGACAGACGCGAGACGUUCACAUCUAUCGCCUGGUGAGUGAACACACAGUGGAGGAGAAUAUUCUCCGCAAGGCGCAACAGAAGCGUCAUCUGGACUUCUUGGUGAUGUCUGAGGGUCAGUUUACGACGGAUUUCUUCUCGAAAGCGAGCCUUCGUGAGCUUAUGAUGAGCACGGGCGAGGAACCGGAUGACGUGGAGUCGGAAUCGGAGGAUGAAGACGCUGAGGAAGAUCUGGACGACGACAAGGAAGUGUCGUUUGAUACGGUGGAGAGUGCCAUGGCUCAGCUGGAAGACGAAGAAGACGUCGUGGCAAUGAAAGGCGCACGAGCCGAGUAUUUACAGGAACUGAACGAGUUCGACGACGAUGCAGCGAGAGUAGCCUCUGCUGGGGAUGCCAUGUCUUCGAAGCCGUCGACGCCGUCGUCAGUGGUGUCAGGCAGCACUGCAGCAAGUGAGAGAGGCGACGAGGAAGACGAUGAGUUUGGGAACGAAGAAGACACAGCGGACGAGACGGGGAGAAGAGCAAGUAGACGCGACUUAGCGACGCCGGAUGGGUCGGAACACGAGAGUAUGGAUGACGACGAGGACCACAAGAAGACGCCGCAGUCGAGUCGAAAACGACCGCGUCGCAGCUCAACUGACCGAAGAAAAACGCCCAAGCGUGUUAAACUAUCGGAGUCGCAUGAUCAGCACGGAAAUAAUGGCGAGAAGGCUCGCGAGAAAGCGCGAGAUGCUGCGGAGGAACAAAAACUGCAAGCUUGGAAGGCGUCGGUGCAAUCUCUACAAGGAUUUGAGGACUCAUUGAACCCAGUGGACCGCUAUGCGCUUCAUUUCCGUGAAGAUGUGGAUCCUCUGUACGCGUACUCACCCGCGCAACAAGCAGCAGCUCUAGCAGGCGUAGACGUCAACCCGACUGCGCCUACGCUGCUGGAAGACAUCGAGCAGACGGAAGCGGAGAAGCGAGAGGAAGAAGUGCGACUGAUUGCAGAAGGUGAGCUCGUUGUUGGGCAGAUGGAUGACAACGAAGAGGCGAGUGCUGAGCAGACUGCAGAGCGGUAUACUGAGCUGUAUCGACGCGAGCGAGCACAUGUUCUCUUUGAGAGUCGAAAGCGUCUUCUUACAGGUGCAGCGUGGUCGCUCAUGAAGUGCGUGAUCAGUGGCCAGCCCUUCUACUUCAACGCGGAUACACGUGAGGCAACGUGGGAGUGUCCUCCCGUGUGGAUCCGUAACGAGCAGCUCAAGAGCGCGCACAAGAGAGGAUACGAAGGCCUACCACCGCCAGCAUUACAUCGUGUCAUGUCGAUGUUGACUCCGUAUCCGGAACGCUAUCGUGCGCAGAUGGUCUGUCGGAGCUGGCACACGGCCGCGCAGCAUCAGUCGCUGUACUUCAAGGUGUCCGCAAGCGACUUCGAGUCAGGCUCACCGACGUCAUUAGCCAAGGUCCUGGCGAACGUGGCCACAGGUGACACGGUUCUGUUUGGCGCAGGAGUGUAUCAGCUGGACGAAACGCUGGAGAUCAACAAAAGAUUGAGACUACUGGCAGCUCCGGACGCGCGCGUGGAGCUGCAGAUGCAUUCGUGUCGUGCUCAACUGCGCUGGAGUGCUCGUGGAGGAGUUAUAUGUGGCUUCCACUUGACACGAACGAGUAGCAUUCCUGAUGCAGCUGCGCGAGAGAUUAAGCCGAGUAGUGAUGCGAAGGAAGGGAUGUCUGCGGUCAAGGAAAGCAGACGAGUCUUGCGCAAACGGAACAAGAAGCUGGCGAACUGGCAGCAUCUGCUCAGUGUGGUGGGAGACGGACAACUGCGUGUCCAGUACUGCGAGUUUGACGGUAAUGGGCUGGGGAAUGCGUGUGUCUGUGUCUGGGGACGUGGAGAGAAGAAGAAGAAGGGAAAGAAGAGACGUCGUGCAGGUAGCAGCGCAAGCUCGGCUCAGACAUCGAAGCCUGGAACGCCAGUCGUUGGACCUUCGCCGGCGUCGACCCCCGCUGCCACACCGCGAGCUGUUACAGCAGUCACGCCAACUAUACCGGUCAAGCCAUCUGCCUCAGCAGCAACUCCUGUGACUACACCGUCGGUGGCUGCUGCUGUGAAUACGAGCCAAUGUGCUGUGCCUUCGACAUCGCAAUCUGUGGUUACCAGUGCGUCUACUACCUCUGCAGCACAAGUUGCCAAGCCAGUGUCUGUCCCUCCCGUGUCUACACUGGCGAGUGCUACGACGCCAGCUCCAGUGAGUACCAUAACGAGGAUAGUGGCACCAACAGCUCCCAGGCCUGUGAAUAUUGCGCCGAAGGCUAUGACGCCGAUGUCUACAGGAGGUACUGUGACGCCGCGUGUGACCACACCAGGAGCUACUACACCGCGGCCUGCUACGACCACUAUCCCCGCAGCUGACACGUUGCUGGUGCUUCAGAAUUGCCGUAUUCGUGGAGCUGGUAGCUCCGGUGUGCUGCUUGUGCGUGGGUCUCUGGUUAUGACGCUGACUACGGUGGAGGGCAACGCGCACUCGGGUGUGACUGUGCUGGGUGGACAGGCGCUGAUACGGCGCAAUAAGAUCCAGCGGAAUGCUCGCUUCGGCUUGCGUCUGCUCUACCACGCUGGCAAUGUGAUCGUAGAAGACAACGUGGUGUUUGGGAACGCGUGUGGCAACUUGGACGUGGACAAUUCGGGCAGACGCUUCGUGGUGCGCCUGAACGACAUGGACAAGGGGAAGAAAACGUAUGACAAGCUGCCGCAUUCUCACGGCAAGUUGCGACUGAAAACGUAUCAUGUUCUGGAGAAAGAAGUGCCGCGUCCUGUGCCUAAGCCUGCUCCUACGCUUACAAGUGCUACGAGUGAGUACUGGAAGAGGCAACUCACGGGCACUGGAGCCACGACGACGACCGCCACGCCAGUGAGACCUGUCAUCUCUGCGAAUAACAUGAUGGCAGCGAGGCUUCCGAUGGGCUUUAUGCGGCCCGUGAUGUUCCCACAGGCGCCGAACGCGCUGCAUGUUUCACAUCUGCCGCUGGCGUUUGCGUCUCUGGGGGCGAAGCCUACCAUCCCGUCGGUGACGUUGAACCGAUCUACUACAAGUGCCCAGCUACCCACGACAGCAGCGAAUCUGCAACGGACACUGAGUGCCCCUGGAGCUGCAAGUAGACCCGUCAUUAUCCCUGGAACUUCGAGUGUCAGUAGUACGACUGCAACGACUGUAGCUACGCCGAGUGGAAUGUCUGUGCUAAAGUAUCAACGCAAGCGUCGACCCAAGACGCAGCAGGUUGUUGUCGGUGGUCGGGAGAUUGUGCUGCGUGACACGUGCGAGAAGCCUGUGGAGAAGAUAGUGAAGCCGCGACGUCCUAAGGAUCCGCAGACACCAGUGCCGACGUCUGCCACGAUGCAACACAUGACGUCACCGUCUGCUCUGCAGCUGAAAUUUGCACCGGGCUCAACGGCAGCAGCAGUAGCGGCAGCGAUGAAUGCGAUGAUGUCGAACUCUGUAAAGCUCCAGGCUGCUGCUGCGACGUCCAAGACGCAGGUUCAGACAGUAGCUGCUACUACUCCUGCCAUACCAGCAGUACCUACGACUACGAUGAGUACAGUGACGCCAAGGCCUGUAGUUACUACGACGCCGUCACUGCAGACUGUAAACACUCCGUCUGCGGCCACACAGACAAAAUCACCUGUAGCCCCAGCCGCUCCCACUGCUUCCACUCCGACGGCAGCGCCGAUUACUUGUACGAAGACUGGUACACCCCAGUCAACUGUAGGCUCAUUAAUGACGGCGAAGGCUGGAAAUCUUUCGACCACGGCUUCGAAGCUAGCAGUGUCUGGGCCAUCGACUGAUUCUGUAAAUGAUUCGACGAAGCCAGGAGAAAAGCGGACGUUGGAAAGUGCUGGGAUAGCAACAAAGGAGGAGAGUUCUGUAGGCCUCGACGGUCAGCCAGACAAGAAGGUUAGCAAGAUAUAA